GCCCACCACCACCCCUUUGCGGACAUAUAUAUCUGCAUGUGUGCACCGCUUCCUGGUUCGUGUUGGGGCGUUUUUGCGACCGUCGUUGGCCAUGCCGCGUCUUGUGACGGACGCGUUCCACCACACAGAGUCUUCGACCUCUUGCUGGAGCUUACACGCAGCUAUUAUUUAUUUAUUUAUUGUUCGGAAGGCCCGGCAGACAAGAGUGACAGCAAUGCGCCCGUCCCUACUUGCUACGGUGCCCCUGUUGUUAUUGCUGCUGCUGUGCUGCACCACGGGCCGCCUCACCGCCGCCAGGCACCGAUGCAUGUUCAAUGAGAUAAUGGCGAGGAGCGACUCACGCCCAGCCAAGAUGGUGCUGAAGUUACCCCCGAAAGGGCCAGAGUACCUGGCGAGCGUACACCGUCUCCACAGGAGCGGAGGGGACGGGGAAGUGGGAACCCAUCCGCAUCGUGGUGUUCAAGCUGGACCUGGAUGA